AUGAUGGAAAUGACUCAUAUUCCUGUUAAUUACAAUGAAGAAGACAUUCGUUGUCCACAAGAUCAAAAGGAUUGCCGUUUCCAAAAAAGUUUGCAGAACUUUCGUGAGCUGAAAGGAAGAGUUUUUGGAUCAGUGAGCUCUACAUACCAUGUAUGUGAAGAGUUCUUAACAAAUCAACAAAAGUAUAUAAAAGCUGGAGCAAUAUGUAUUAUAAUUCUAGCAUUUCAUGUUUAUUUAGUUUUCGCUGGGGUUCAUGACAUUUCUAAAGCUCGGGUUAUAAUCUCAAUCACUGGUAUCAUAUGGGUUUAUGUUAUUUUAACAGAAAUUGUCUGGCCGCGGUACGGGGAGGUUAUAAAACAAAACUUACUUUUGCCAUGUUCUCGAGGAGGCAGGCGAGCAUGGCGCAUCCCUGGAUUUCAAAUUGCUUUCUAUGCUGUUCUUAUCCUUUCUCUAAUAACUUUCCUCGUAGUGGACACUUGGAAUGAUCGCAGACGCUUGAUUGGGAUUGGAGGAAUCUUCUUCUUCCUCCUUCUCAUGAUCAUUUUAUCAAAAAAUAGAAGAAAGGUUCGUCCUUCUCAAACAGUAUUUAACAAAAUGAAUUUUUCGAUCAAAUGGCGGCCUGUCAUUUGGGGCUUCGCACUUCAAUUCUGCUUAGGCUUAAUGGUUCUUCGCUGGAGGUGGGGAAAGAGACAGUUCCAAAAAUUCUCACAUUUGAUUGUUACAUUUUUGGAUUUCACAAACAAUGGAACGGAGUUCGUUUAUGGAUUUCUGGCAGCACCUCCGAACAUAUGUGGUAUGUCGCCUGUGUUCUUCUUCACGUCAUUACAAGUGGUUAUAUUCUUUGGAUCAGUGGUAUCUGUCCUUUACUAUAUUGGCAUAAUGCAGCUUAUUCUCAAGAAGAUGGCUUGGUUCAUGCAGAUGACACUGUCGACGACGGCUACUGAAUCUCUGAAUGCGUGUGCUUGUAUUUUCCUUGGCCAGUCUGAAGCGCCACUUCUCAUCAAGCCAUAUCUGGAACGCAUGACGUCAUCAGAGCUUCAUGCUAUUAUGACAAGUGGAUUUUCGUGUAUAGCAGGCUCACUGUUUGCAGCUUAUAUAGCAUUUGGAGCAUGUCCAACAUAUCUUCUCUCAUCCACAGUUAUGUCUGCACCGGGUUCAUUAGCCUGCUCCAAAGUUUUGUUCCCAGAAACUGAAGAAAGUCAACUGAAGGAUGUAAGAGAUUUGGAACUUCCCAAGGGAGAAGAAUCAAAUGCUCUUGAAUGUAUUUCAAAUGGAGCCGUCUCAGCUAUUGAGCUUGUAGCAGCAAUUGCUGCCAAUCUUAUCGUCUUCUUAGCUUUACUGGCUUUCAUCGAUAGCAUUCUCAGCUAUUUCGGAGGAUUAAUUGGCUAUGACGGAUGGUCUUUUGAGCUUAUGCUCGGCUAUCUGUUCUUCCCGCUGGCCUUCGUUAUGGGUGUUACUGAUGACUAUCAAGAAACAUUACGCGUCGCACAGUUGAUGGGAACAAAAACAGCUCUUAAUGAAUUUAUAGCAUAUCAAAAGCUUGGAGAAAUGGUCGCCCAUCAGCCACCACUUAUAACGCCGCGUUCUGCAAUGAUUGCAACAUAUGCUCUGUGUGGUUUCUCAAACUUCAGUUCUAUUGGAAUUCAAUUAGGUGUCUUAGGUGGCAUGGUUCCAUCCAAAAAAAAAGUGUUAGCUAAGAUUGUUCUUCGAGCCUUAUUAGCUGGAUGCAUAAGCUGUUUCUUCACCGCUACCGUAGCCGGCAUACUUGUGGAGACGCCUGUGCAUUGCGCUCCAGCAAAUUCGCAACUGAAUUGUUUCAACGUGACAUUAGCUGAAAAGAUUCUGAUGACAGCCAGUGCUGCGACAACUACAACAUCUACGGCACUCCCAUUCUCAAUGAGUACAUCAAUGCGACAGGAAUUAUAA